CUGUACUCCGUGACACUCGAAGACGCAGGUGAAAAGUCCGUGUUCUGUUAAGGCUCCUUCUGGUUUCAAGGACCGGAUCGCGGUCGGGUCGCCGAUUCGUGGAUCCAGGCAACCACAUACAGUGAAGAAGUGAAACCCGCUUGAAAAGUGUUCUGCGAGAGUCGGCCUCCCCUUUGUCUCCAGCUGCGGCUCACUUUAACUGAGAUGGCUGUGGUCUAAUCUCCUCUGAGCCAAAGAAUGGCUGCUUGCUCCGAGCUUGCCACGGAAGAUGGACAGGUUUCCCUGCGCAUUGAUGAUCUGCAUUUUUCACUACAAGCCGAGCAGGAGGACACUCAGAAGAAAACCUUCACCUGCUGGAUAAACUCACAGUUGGCAAAGCACACACCUCCCUCGGUUAUAUACGACUUAUUCGCAGACAUCAAGAAGGGACACGUCCUCCUGGACCUGUUAGAAGUCCUCUCCGGACAGCAGUUGCCUCGGGAUAAAGGCUCUAAUACAUUCCAGUGUAGAAUCAACAUAGAACAUGCCCUGACAUUCCUGAAAAAACGAUCUAUCAAGCUAAUAAAUAUCCAUGUGGCUGACAUUGUGGAAGGAAACCCAUCGAUUAUUCUUGGCCUGAUUUGGACCAUCAUACUGCACUUUCAUAUUGAGGAGCUUGCUCGGACUCUGUCUUGCGAUUACAAUCAACCUUCACCGGAGGUUGUGAGUGUGCCUGACUCAUCUCCUACCUCAAGUCCUCCCACUAAGAAGAGCUCCAAAGCGCAAGCUCAAGCAAGAUGGCAGCUGUCUGCAAAGAAAGCCCUUCUUCAGUGGGCUCAGGAGCAGUGUGCCACGUCCGAGUCUGUCAGUGUGACGGAUUUUAAGUCAAGCUGGAGGAACGGGAUGGCUUUUUUGGCCGUCAUUCACGCCCUGCGCCCAGACCUGAUUGACCUGGAUAGCAUGAGGCACAGAUCCAACAAAGACAAUCUGAAAGAGGCCUUUGGGAUCGCAGAGCGUGAGCUGAAGAUCCCUAAGCUGCUGGAGCCAGAAGAUGUAGAUGUCAUGAAUCCUGAUGAAAAGUCCAUCAUGACUUAUGUGGCGCAGUUCCUGAAGUAUUCGAAGGAUGCGCCUGGGCCUGGAGGUCCAGCUCAGGCCAAGGUGAAGGAUGCUAUGGUCUGGCUAGAUCUACAAGAGAAGAGACUGCAGAAGAUGCUGAAGGAUUCAGCAAGUGAGACCUACUGUAACAAGUAUCAUAGUCUGCAAUCCUUUAUGGAGUCACUGAAUGAAGAGAAGGCAUCCUUCAUGGAUGUCCUGUCACCGAAAGAGAACAUGAAUGAGCCAAACGAAGACCAGUUACAGCUGAGGCAAGGCUGGACCGGCCUCGUGCACCAGAUCACUGCGUGGAAAGCCCAGCUGGAUGACUCCUUGCCUUCCCCGCUCAAAGAGACUGAAGUGUGGCUCAGGGAUGUGGAGGGGCUUAUGGAGGAAGGGCUGCCGACCUCCCAGAAUUCCUCUGAAGCCAUGACUCUGAUCCAAGGGAAAAUGUCUUUAUUCAAGAGUCUGAUGGGCAGCAUUGACUAUCAUUCGAAUAUUCUUUUGGCCUUCGAAAACUGCGAUGAGAGCAGCCUGCCCGUUGUGCCACCUGAUAAACUGGAGGAAAUGAGAAGACGAAUCAACAGCAUUCUGGGUAGGAAAUUCAUUUCACUUCUGGAGUUUCAUGGCUCUAAGUGCUCAGUUCUUGCCCUGCUGGAUGAAGCGAAGGCAAAGUUGGACAUUUGGAAUGUCGCUUACGGGAGCAAGGAGUCCGUGGAAGUCCUGCUGGAAGACUGGCAUGAAUUUAUUGAAGAUAAAAAGUUCCUAACUCAACUUGAUACUUCUUUUCAAAAAUGUGAAGAAAUGUAUAAGAAUUUGGCUGGAGAAUGUGAGAAUAUUAAAGAGGAGUACAUGACGUUGGAAAAGAGCGUUCACACACACAGACAACGCAUACAUAACACGAAGGCCACGCUGCAAAGAGUGCUGGCGUGUUGGGCAACUUACGAGGAAGACCUCCCUCUACUGAAGGCUUCUUUUGACGUGACAAAGAAGGAACAAAUUAAAGAGGUUCCCUUUGAGACUCUCUCCCAGUGGGAUGCAAAAUACACUUCUCUGAACGAGGUGGGCAGUUUCCUACUUGACGUCAGCAAUGGUGAAGUUGGAUCUUCUGUCUCUAGAGAACUGAGAAGGCUGAAUAAAAGAUGGAGAAAGUUCCUCACAAAAACUCCGCUUGAACUGAAACUGCCACUUAUGGAAGUUCUGGAUCAGCCCCCUGGGGACAGUUCUGGAACAAUUCAGUCUCAGGAAUCAGCUGUGCCAGCAGACCCUGAUGACAGUCAUGGUGAGGACAUAAAGGCUGUGGAAAAGCAGGAAGUAGAAGAUGAAGGGCCAGCCGGACAACUGAAAGUGAGCGAAGAGGUCGAAAGACUCACCAAAGAGGUGAAAAUCUGGCAGUCGGAAACCAAAGCUGUCUUGGAUCCCCUUCGACACCGAGCUGAUGCCAAUGGCUCCUCGGCGGACACCUUGCAGCAUCUUAUUGCCAAAGGCUCUAUGUACGAAGAACUUCUGGCCAGAACCAAAGACAAUUUACGGAUGGAUGUUCAAAGUGCUUCGAGCCUGGAGUCCUUCCAAAAUGUCCUCAGAGCUGGCCUUCAGGCGAAGAUUCAAGAAGUGGAAGAGGGAGUCCAGCUCACCAUGGUAGAGUUGUCUGCAGCGUUGAAGAACCUAAGCGAUGAGUCACAGGGACAAGACGCGAGGUUAAAGGUGGAGGAAGCACAGAAGGAGCUGGAAUCCUAUGUCACCAGAGCUGAGCGGUUACUUGGGCAAAGAGAGCGCCCUGGUGGACUCAUCGCAAAGUACAAGGAAGCAUUGGAAAUUUUUAAUACAAAUUGUCUGGCCAAGUAUCUGCAAGCUAUUGAAGAACUGAGGUGCAGUGUCCCGGGUGAUGGGAAGCUGUUCCUGGAAGGACAGAGUCGAGAUGCGUGUACCAAGUGGGAGGCUCUCCAUCAAGGAAUUUCCAUGUAUAUCCAACAACUGAAAAUAGACAUCGAAGAAGGAAAGCUUAGAGACAACAUUGCAAAACUCGAGAAGCAAAUAAAUAAAGAAAAGAAGCUUAUCCGUAGAGGGAGGACCAGGGGCCUUGCCAUGGAGCACGAGGCUUGCUUCUCUCCAGAAAGUAUUGCGUACCAGCUAGAACACCACGUGGGUGUCUUGAGGGCGUUGUGUGAAGAGCUGACUUCACCAGAGGGUCAACAAGAAUUGAAGAGAACACUCCGAGAUUACGAGCAAAAGAUAGAGAGACUUCUGAAGUGUGCUUCCGAUAUUCACGUGACCCUGCGGUCCUCUCAGGGGGGUGCACUGAAGGAGAGGGAUGCGUUGACCACAACUGAGAACGGAAGAAGGGACGCCCAUGGCAAGCAACCGCUUGAGCCACCAGAUAACCAGCUAUCAACCGAAAAGGCAAUGGAACCCACUAAGGAUUUUAACCAGACAUCAGAAGUAAAUCCUGGGCAAGAAGAAAGCAUUGUGGAGAAGGAAGGGAAAGACUGCGGUGCUUCCCUGAGUGACUUACAGGAGAGGUAUGAUGUACAGAGGGAGAGUCUUGAACAGCACCUGCAAGACAGCCAAUGCAAGGUUAUGUCUGACUUUCCCAGUGACAGUGAAAGGAGCUGUGCUUGCCUGCAGGGCAAACUGACCGAAUUGCAGGCCUUACAAGCUGACACUGAGGCUCGCUGGGAUGAGUUUGAAGUCACCUCACUGAAUUUAGAAAGUCUGGUGAGCGACAUGGAGAGGCCGGCGCUAGCCGAGGCGAGAGACUUCUUAAAGGGGAGAGAACAGGCGCUCCGCAUGCUUCUUAAGACCAGGGUGGAGUCACUGGAGAGGGCGCUGCAGGUCGUGCUCCCUCUGGAGAAGGAGUGUGCUCGCCUGUGUGGUGCCACCCUGCCCUUCUGCACAGUGGCUGUCCGGGACCUGCAUCUCGUUGAGGUUGAUGUUGUCUAUCAGAACCUGCGGGAUCUCCGAGAUUCCAUAGCAAAGCAGAUGAGAACAUGUGCCAACUUGAAAGAGCCGAGUGACUCUGUACCAAGGGAAUUACACACGCUAGAUCAGUGCGCAAUACAAGAUAUUGUGCUGAAAUGCCGCCUCCAGCUGGAGACCAUGAACGAGAAGGCGGACAUGAGUGAAGGUACUCUGGAAGCUCUAGAAGACUUUUUGGCUUCUCUGAGAGCAGCUAAGCUCUCUGCCGAGCUCCCUGCAGACCCUCCUGCCUCGAAUGCACUGGAAGAUGCUCUUCUCUUGGUGAGAGAGAAGGCCGGGCCAUUGGAUGAACGCUUGAGGACACUUGGCAUCAACAUCAAGGAUGCGGAGGGACAGGAGGAUAGCACCUGUGAGAGACUUCUUGAUGCUUUGUCAGUAAAGGUGUCAGCCACUCGUGGCCAGAGUAAAGAGGAAGGACUUCCUGAGGACAAGGAGUUACUGGAGGCUUGUAGUUCCAGAAAUCAUGAGCUCUUUAGAAAUAUCCAAGACAUCCAGAGCCAGAUCAGUAAAAUUGGUCUUAAGGAUCCCACUGCACCGGCUGUGAAGCAUCGGAAAAAGUCAUUAUUCAGACUGGAUAAGGACCUGGAUGGGUUUGAAGAAGAGAAGAUGUGUAUACAAAAGAUGGCUAAUUCUCUUCCGCAAUUCAAAGAUGGCAGAGAGAAAAUUGUGAUUCAACAGUGUCAAGAUACAGCAGCCUUGUGGGAGGAUACGAAAACCUCUGUCACAGAGUGCCUUGAACAGUGUGGAAGCGUUCUGGAGCUGUUAAAGCAAUAUCAGAACUUUAAAAACAACUUGACAGCUUUGAUUCAAAAAGAAGAAGGCAUCAUCUCCCAGCAAGCUUCCUACAUGGGAAGGGACAAUGUGAAGAAGAAGAUAGCCGAGAUCGAAACUGUCAAAGAAGAAUUCAGUGAACAUUUAGAAGUUGUGGACAAGAUAAAUCAGAUUUGUAAAAACCUACAAUAUCAUCUAAAUAAAAUGAAAACCUUUGAAGAACCCCCUUUUGAAAAAGAGGCUAAUGCUAUUGUGGAUAGAUGGCUUGAUAUAAAUGAGAAGACGGAAGAAUAUGGCGAAAAUCUUGGGCGAGCACUGGCCUUGUGGGACAAACUUUUCAACUUAAAAAACAACAUUGACGAGUGGACUGAAAAGGUCCUUGGGAAAGUGGAGUCCGAUGAGCUGACUGAGGAGGACAGAGAAAAGCUGACGGAAGAGCUAAAAGUCCACGAAGAGCAAGCUUCAGAAUUUUCCAGAAGAGUGUCUGACAUACAAUUGCUGCUUCAGAGUAACGAGAAGCCACUUGAAUUGCAGGUCAUGGAGUCCUCUGUCCUAAGCAAGAUGAAAAAUAUUCAGAAGUAUGUCAUAGGGGAAUGCAAUAGCUGUGUGCCCAGUGGAAACACAGCUGAGCUGAGAGAGGAUCUAGACCAGGCCAAGACCCAGAUGGGGAUGACCGAGUCCCUCCUGAACGCCCUGUCUCCCUCCGAUAGCCUGGAGAUCUUCACGAAGCUUGAGGAAAUCCAGCAGCAGAUCUUCCAGCAGAAGCACUGCAUGACGGUCCUUGAGAACCAGAUAGGGUGCCUCACUCCAGAGCUCUCUGAACUGAAAAGACAGUACGCAAGUGUCAGCGACUUAUUUAACACCAAAAAGAGCGCCCUACAAGAUCACUUCUCCACGUUCUUGAACGAGCAGUGUAAGAAUUUUAACGACUGGUUGGGCAGCAUCAAAAUGAGUCUCCAGGAGUGUUUUGAGCCGCCGGAAACAAAACAGAGCAUGGAACAAAAGCUGCAGAAACUUUCUGACUUCCUGACUCUUGGUGGAGGAACUAGCAAAAUACAGCAAGUGGAGACCGUUCUACAUCACGUGCAGAUGCUCCUACCCAAAGCUCAUGUGAAAGAGCUUGACAGCUGGCUCGGGAGUCAGGGGCUGGAAUUAGAAAACAUGGAAUCUGUAUGCCAGGCCCGAGCAAGGGAGCUGAAUAACUCCCUUCAGCGGCUACUGAGGCUGCAAGAUGAUUGCAGAAGCCUGAAUAAGUGGUUGACUAAUCAAGAAGAGAAUUGGAAAGAAAAGGAAGCGUCAGGAGAAGGAAUGGAUGUGUUUUACCAAGUGUUAACCAGGAAGAGGGAGCAGUUCGAGACUGUGGACCAGCUGCGUGCCGCUCUGAAGGACCAUGGGCUUACUGAGGGAGAAGAGACAAUCAAAGAAGCUACACAUUUGAUUGAUAGAUACCAGACUUUAUUGAGACAAUUACAUGAAAUUGAGGAAGAGGUUAAAUUACCACCUGCUGAAGACCAGAGCUUUAAUGAUCUCGCACAUGAUGUAAUUCACUGGAUAAAAGAGAUUAAAGAGUCCCUUAUGGCUUUGAAUUCAUCAGAAGGCAAAAUGCCACUUGAAGAAAGAAUCCAAAAAAUAAAGGAAAUCAUUGCACUGAAGCCCGAAGGCGAUGCCAAAAUCCAGAAGGUAACGAGGCAAGCUGAGCGCUGUGAGGCCCCUCUGGCUCAGGAGACCCUGACAGAGCUCAGCAACCAGUGGGACAGCACGCUCCACCUGGCCAGCACAUAUCUAAGCCACCAGGAAAAGCUUGUACUAGAAGGAGAGAGGUAUUUGCAGAGUAAAGAGGACCUGAGGCUGAUGCUCACAGAACUGAAGAGGCAGCAGGAAGCAGGCUUUGCUCUACAACCCGGGCUGCAGGAGAAGCAGGCCCAGUUAAAGAUUUGUAAGAAGUUCCUCCAGAAAACCCAAGAUUUGACAUCCUUGCUAGAAGAGCUAAGAUCUCAAGGCAGUUACCUCCUGGAGUGCACUAAAAAUCCAAGCUUCAGUGAGGAGCCGUGGCUUGAAAUAAAACACCUGCAUGAAACCCUUCUCCAGCAGCUCCAGGAUUCUGUGCAAAAAUUAGAGGGUCAUGUUCAAGAACAUAGUUUAUAUCAGAUUUGCCUCAUGGACCUGAACACCACAUUGGGUGAUAUCUCCAAGGACUUUGCCAGUCUUUGUGAUGGAUCUGAGGACCAAAUAAUAGUUGAGGACAGAAUGCAGAAACUACAGGAGCUGGAGAGUAGGCUCCGUUUCCAAGGCGGCGCACUAAAGAAGGCUUCCGUGUUAGCAAAAUCCAUCAAGCAAAACACAUCUUCAGUGGGGCAGAAGAUUAUUAAAGAUGACAUAAAAUCACUUAAGAGUAAACAAAAGGAUUUGGAAAACAGAAUCGAAGCUGCCAAGCGGGAGACUGAAAACGGUCUCAACAACAUCCUUAAAUCCAAAGGCUCGACAGAAAAACAUGUGAAGUGUUCUCUGCCAGGUGGAGAGACGCUGGCCACUUCUGCUGUGCCCGAGCCCACUCAGGAGUCAGCAGCAGUGGGAAAGUCAGGGAGAAACUGGGAAACAAACACGAACUCAGCUGUGGAAAUGAUUUUGUCAAAACAACUUUCUCUCAAUGUUCAAGAAAGCAUGCAAAACACCCAAGAUGAGCGGAAAGUCAAUGAGCUGCAAAAUCAACCUUUAGAAUUGGACAUUAUGUUAAGAAAUGAACAAUUAAAAGGGAUAGAGGAAUUAUAUUCCCAGUUAGAAGCAAAAAGAGCAGCCACGGAACUUCUGGAACAAUCUCAGCAUCUCAAGCAAAUGGAAGAGCGAGCCUCGGUUCUGCCCACGGCCAGAUCUAACACGUGCCACUUGCGCAGUCUGCUGCAGGCGCUGCUUACCUUGAAGGCAACUACAGAAAGCCGGUACGGCCUCCUUGGUGGUUUUCAAGAGCAGCUGGCUGCAGCUGAAGCCUCCCUGAACACCUUCUUGAUAGAAGCGGAAAACCUCAAAAUAGGCUCACUAGACAGUGCAACCUAUCUGGGCAAAAUCAAGAAGUUCCUGGAAUCUGUAGAGAAAGAAAAAGGCUCCUUGAGCAAGCUUCACGUGGACUGGGCACGUUUAUCCAGCCACCUGACGGCCGCGGAUCAAAAGCUGGUGGAGAGCCAAACGAAGCAACUUGAAUGUGGGUGGGAGCACGUAGAGCAGCUGGCUCACAGGAAGUGUUUUCAGCAAGCUACAGAGCACAGCGAACUCACCUGCCUCCUGAAGAAGGCCCAGGACAUUGAAGUUUCUCUGCAUCAGCAGCAACAGCAGCUGAGGCUAAGUCUGAACUCUCCUAAGCAACAGGAGGGGGGUGUGGACGUGCUCGCUGCAGCCGCUGAGCUCCAGGCAAUCAAGUAUGAGAUUUCCGGCUUAAAGCGGCAAGCUGAGCUUCAGAUGAAGAGACUUUGGGGAGAAAAGGAUAAGAAAACUCUGGAAGAUGCGAUAAAUAAUUUGAAUAAGCAACUGGAGGCACUGGAGCCCUUGAACCGAGAGGUAGAAAAUCAGGUUAAGAAACUUGACCUUAGGAAGAGGCUAAAGGAGACACUGUCGUGGGUCAAGAACAUGUUGGCGGAGCUCGGCGCCUCCAUUGCCCUUCUCCCCGACGACAUCCUUUCUCAGAUCAGAAAGUGCAAGUUGAUUCACGAUGGUAUUCUGGGUAAGCAGCAGGCAGUGGAGUUGCUGGUGGACGAGGUCAGAGGCAUCACUCCCGGCCUUGAAGCACGUGAGAGUGACCGUUUUAAUACUCUCCUGGAGGAUUUACAGAGUCAAUACCGAAUGCUGCUUUUAAAAUCAACUCAGAGGUCACAGCAACUAGAAUUGAAGUUGGAAGAAAGAAGCAAAUUGUUUGCGAUUAUAGGAAAGGCUCAGCUCACGCUUAAACAAAGCGAAGCCCUGAUGGUUCCCACGAGGGAAAGAGCCUCCACGGAAGCUGAGCUGGAGUGUCGCCGGGCCAUCUUGAUGGCAUCCCAGCAGCAGCUGCGAGAUGUGGAGAGUGCAAUCGCAGCACAUCUUCAGGAACUCACAAACGCCUACAAGGAUGCAAAUGUGUUUGAGAGACUAUUCCUGGAUGAUCAGUUAAAAAGUCUCAAGACGAGGACCAGCAGAGCCCAGAGGCUCAUUCAGAAUAACUGUAGCGAACUUGAACACAAGAUCAAGUCUUACAGAGAGUUCUAUGAAAAAGCAGCCAUGCUUCAGAAAGACCUUGAGGCUGUCCAGCAUGGUCUACCCCUCCCACUUUACCAGGACCUGAAGCAGGGUGCUAAAGAGGAACUCAGUGAUCUUAAAGACAAGCUGGCUGCUAUCCGAGGCAGUGUCGUCCAACUGUUGACAUCUGAAGAAGUGUUUGACGCUAAUGGGCUAAGCUGGGAUGGCUCACUGCUUGAACAGUUACAAACCCAGGUGUUUGAAAGGGAAAGGGAACUGGAAGAAAAAAUUAAGCAGCUGGACACGUUUUUCAUAGAGCACGACAGAUACCAAGCGUUGCUAAGUAAGAUAGGGGCUGUGGAUUUGCAGAUUAAGGAAAGGGCCGAACCGCUGCUGCAAGUCCCCAACAUGUCGCCAGAAAGUACCUUGCUCAAUGCACAGAUUUUGAUUCAGAAAAUUGAAAAAGCAAAAUGUUUGCGUGAUGAGAUAAUGAAGAAAUUAAGCAAAAGUGAGGCUUUUGACGACUCGUUCAAAGAGAGUCAGAUGGUGCAACUAAAGCUAAACGCAGAAGAAAAUGCCAGGCUUCACGAGGCCCUCCAGAACCUGAUGCUAGAAUUGCAACAGAAAGGAGUGGGUGAAGAGGCUUUCCAGGAUAAACUAGAAAAUUCUCUACAUGUUCUAAAGCAAAUAAAGUCUCGGCUCCAGCAACCUUUAUGUGUAAAUUUGGGGCUUCAACAUAUUCAAGACGAGAAAGAGACUUGGGAAGCAUUUGGUGAGCAAGUUCGGGCAGAGGUGUGUGUUGUUAGAGCCCUGAGGGUCACUGAGCAACAAAGAGAAGAAAACACUUCGGGGACCAGUGGCGCGGAGGCCAAACGCUGUGACAUGGAAGGUCUUCAAACGGAGCUUAGCAAAAGCAUUGAUUUACGCACUAAUGCCCUGGAUGAUGCCUGUGAAAGCAUAAGCCGCUAUGACGAGGUAAUCACCAGGGCAGUGGGGACCGCUGUGUCCCUGGAAGCCAUGCUUUUAUCAUACAGAAUAGACCUUCACAAUCCCAAAGAAUCACUGGAGCCGAUGCGUUGUAAGCAAGAGGAAUUGCAGUUGGCAGUCGCUGACUUACGGAACCUCACAGAGACAUUGGAGGCUAUCUCUAGCCCGGAAGCCAAAGAGCAACUUCAGUGUGCUCUGCAAGCUCUGGAGUCCAAGAACUCAGCCUUGAAGGCAGGGCUGGAGGCCCAGGAGGCUGAGGAUGAAAGGUCCCUGGAGAAUUACAAAUGCUAUAGAAAAUUGAAAGAAGAAAUUUGCUCUCGGCUCAGGAAAAUGGAGACAGAUCUCGGACAGUCCAUGUCCCCAUUGCCCAGGUCUUACAAAGAAGCUUUAGCACGCCUAGAACAGAGCAAGGCCCUAACCUCAAGUCUUCUAUCAACCAAAGAAGACUUAGUGAAACUCCGGCAGGCCCUCAGACGCCUGCAAUGCAGGUGCACAGAAAAUGAUGGCGCGUGUGUGCUCGGAGCGGCCUCUGCUCUGUGGGAGAAGUGGCUGAGUUUGAUGGAAGCUGCCCGCGAGUGGCAGCAGUGGAGUGGGGAGCUGAAGAGGGAGUGGAAGUUCAUCAGUGAGGAGAUUGAACGAGAAGCAAUAAUUUUAGAGAAUCUUCAGGAGGACCUUCCAGAAGUCUCCAGAACAAAGGACGCAGCUCCCACAGAGGAACUCUGCCAGCUGUUGGACUCUCUAUGCCAGCACGAGGAGAGCGUGGAGAAGCAGCAGCUGCUGCUGGCCCUGCUUCUUCAGCGUGUAACGAGUAUCCAGAACAUUCCUGAAGGCAAAGCAACUGUAGAAACCAUCCCUGCACUUGAAGAGAUUAGGUCCAUGCAUGAACGGUGCAACAGGCUUCUUCAGGCAGCUCAAAAGAAGAAGGACUCAGUCCAGGCUGAAAUCCAAGCACGGUGUUCAUUUAUAAAGGAAAUAAACGACGUGAAGCAUUUAUUUGAACACAUCUCAACUUCUUCCCAGAACUUGGCAGUAGAAGGCCCUCCAGAAAGGGCAGAACAGUUGGAGGAGCUGCGAAGCUUUCUUCAGAAAGGCAAGCUGACUUUCGAGAGCAUUAUGGAAAAACUGCGCAUCAAGUAUUCCGAAAUGUACAGCAUAGUCCCUGCGGAGGUGGAGUCCCAGGCGGAGGAGUGCAGGAGAGCCCUGGAGGAUGCGGAGGACAAGAUGAGCACUGAAGUCUUGGCGAGUUCACCAUCAUAUGUCAUGAGGAAGAAAAUAGAGGAAAUUAACAACGGGCUCCAUUGCAUUGAAAAAAUGCUGCAACAGAAAAGCAAAAACAUCGAGGAGGCUCAGGAAAUUCAGAAGAAAAUAUGGGAUGAGCUUGACCUCUGGCAUUCCAAGCUGAGCGAGCUGGACUCCGAAGUUCAGGACUUCGUUGAGCAGGACCCAGGACAGGCUCAAGAAUGGAUGGAUAACUUGAUGGCUCCUUUCCAGCAGCACCAGCAAGUAUCCCAGAGGGCAGAAUCCCGGACCUCGCAGCUUAACAAGGCCACGGUCAAGAUGGAAGACUAUAAUGACCUUCUGAGGAAUACAGAGACGUGGCUAGAAAAAACCAGUUCUUUGCUGACCAACCCUGCCUGCUAUGACUCCUCAAGAACCCUCAGCCACCGUGCCAGCACCCUUCAGAUGGCUCUGGAAGAUUCUGAGCAGAAGCACAGCCUUCUACAUUCCAUUUUCACGGAUCUAGAAGAUCUGUCAAUCAUUUUUGAAACCGAUGACUUAACCCAGUCUAUCCAGGCGUUGAGUGGCCAGGUGGCAGCUGUCCAGCAGCAGAUAGUGGAAGCCCUGCCACACAUCCAGCAGGUGGCAGACGACGUGGUUGCGAUCGAGUCCGAAGUAAAAUCAAUGGAGAAAAAGGUUGCAAAAAUCAAAGCUAUUCUGUUAUCCAAAGAAAUCUUUGACUUUUCACCUGAAGAACAUCUCAAGCACGGGGACGUCAUACUUGAAAACAUUCAUCCCAUGAAAAAAGCUAUUGCUGAGAUCAUGUCUUACCAAGUGGCACUGAGGCUACCCCAGACAGGAACGAAACCUCUGCCUGUGUUUCAGAGGACAAAUCAGCUUUUACAAGACGUGAAACUGUUGGAGAAUGUGACUCAGGAGCAAAAUGAGUUAUUGAAGGUUGUCAUAAGACAGACCACUGAAUGUGAUGAGGAAAUAGAAAAUCUGAAACAGAUCUUAAAUAAUUACUCAGCUGAGUUCUCCCCUGAACGUGUGUCACAAGACCAAGCAGCCGACCUGCCUUCAUUACAGGGAGAGAUUAAAGGGCUGGAAAAGCAGAUUCUGAAUCUAAGCCAGAAAAAGGAAGAUCUGUUGGUGGACUUGAAAGCUGCUGUCCUGAGCCUUCAUGAGCACCUGAAGCAAAAACAGCAAGGAGAUAAGGCACCUGAAAGCCCUUCAGAGGAGUGCAGAGUGCCCGAGAGGGACCCUUCGGAAAGGAAGCUGAACAGAGCAAGCUCCAUGUCUUUCCUGCCCGUGGUCAAGGAGGAGGCAGAAGAAAGCUCCGUGAAGAGUGAAGAUGGACACAAGAGAGCAGAGCCAUCUUCUGCAUCCUGGUCUCCUCUGUGGACACACAGGAAGGACCUGGAGGAGGAUGGGGCGUCCUCGUCCUCUGCCACCAUCGUGCAGGAGGCAGAUGGGAGAAUUAGCACCUGUGACAAUUCCACAGUGCACAUUAUUGCACCGGACUCAGGAAGCACUGAGCAAGACCCAGAACCUUCCCCGAGGCUCAGCCAAACAGGAGAGGGUGCCCCACCUUCCAUUGAGGCUACACCUCUGGACUUUCCUCAGGAACAAGGAGCUUUUGAGGCCACCGUGGAGAGAAGGAGGCCUCAGCCUGCAGAAGUCCUCCAUGUCUGCAAGACCCAGGUGGCCGAGCUGGAGCUGUGGCUGCAACAAGCCAGCGUGGCGUUUGAGCCGGAAACACUAGACACAGACAUGCAGCAGGUGGUGGAAGAGGAGCUGGCUGGGUGCCAGGCCAUGCUGACAGAAAUUGAGCACAAGGUCGCCUCUCUGUUAGAGACUUGCAAAGACCAGGGCCUGGGAGAGUGUGGAGCCACUCAGCAGGAGGCUGAAGCCCUUUCCUGGAAACUCAAGGCUGUGAAGUGCAACCUGGAAAAGGUCCAGGUGAUGCUACAGGAGAAAUACAGCGAGGACCAGCAUCUCGCCACUCUCAAGAAACCGUCAGAGCCCCACGGUGUCCUCCUGCCAGUUAGUCUUUCUGAGUCCAUCAUAAUUGAAAGGCCACAGUUUAGCAGACAGAAAGAUGCUCCCCAGCCGCAGAUUCUGGAGUUAAAACCAUUAGAACAGAAAGAUUUGAUCAAGUUCACAGAGCUUAAUGCUAAGAAAGCAUGGCUGCAGCAUUGCCAAGAGGAUAAAGAUGCAAAUCAGCAACCAGCCUCAAGCAAUGCCGUUAGUGCUGGAAAUGCAGCUCUGGAUUCAGCCUUGCCACCCCAGGGCCAGAGUGGUGAUAAAUGGCAGUGUCUUCACCAUGAACUAGCAUCAAGACCAAAUUCCCCUGCGCCUCAGCUCGUGGAACCUCAGGUGGCCUCAAGGACGAGCCCUCUGCCCAGCGUGAGUGUAUAUAACUUUAGAUGCCCUACAGCUGAUGAACUGCAAACUUAUACCACCCAGCUUGAAGAUCUACGCCAAGAAGCAAACAGUAUCCAGACACAGGGAAGUUUGACAGAAGAAACAUACAUCAAUUUGGAUAAAAAAUUAUUUGAACUCUUUCUGAGCCUCAGUCGGUGCCUGGGCUGUGUGGAGGAGCUGCUGCAGAGGCCUGGGCUGCUCAGAGAGGAUGCCUCUGCCCAGCAGGCACUCUUCGAGAAACUGGCCCUUGAGCUAAAGAAACUUUCUUUAGCUCUGGGCGACAAGAAGGAUGAUCUUCUGAGAGCUGUGACUUGGCCUGGCAAGGAGGCCACGUUGCUACCUGAAUGCUUCGAUGCUCUGAUGGUCAGCCUGGAGCGUGCCCAGGCAAAGGCUGCCUGGAGAAGCUCGUCCCUGAAGGCUGGCCUUGACCACAGCCGCAGCUAUCAGAAUGAAAUAAAGCGACUAUACAGUCAACUCAUUAAAAAGAAGAUGGCUCUACAGCAGUCUCUGAACGAAGUCAGCGGGCAGAGUACCAACAAACAGCUCCAGAAAGCAGAUGCGCAUACAGUGGAGCUGCAGAGCUCUGAGAGGCAAGUCGCCAAACUAAGGAACGAAGGGGAGAGCCUCCGUUUCCCUCAUACUUUACUCCAGGAUGUCUACAAGUUAGAGGAUGUUCUUGACAGUAUGUGGGGUAUCCUGAGAGCCAGAUAUGUAGAACUCAGCAGCCCGUUCCUCUCCAAGAGCCAGCAGGAUGCCUUACUUCAAGGCAUGGUGGAGCUAGUCAGUAUUGGAAAAGAAAAGCUUGCCAUCGGCCCUUUACAGCGUGCCAAGAGUAAAGUUGCUUUGCAGGCACAGUUACAAGAUCACAAGGGAUUUUUCCAGAAGCUUGUUGCUGACAUGCUGUUGAUUCAAACCUACUCGGCAAAGAUGUUUCCACCUUCGUUGCAGAAGGGAGAGGGGUUUGGGGCGGAACAAGUGGCGGAAGUAAGAGCUGUGGAGGAAGAGGCCUGCCUGCGUGGCGCGCAGCUUCAGAGCGUGCUGCAGAAAUGGGAAGAGUUUGAUGAAAACUAUGCCUCCCUUGAGAAGGACCUGGAAGUUCUUACCUCUUCACUGCCCUCUGUGAGUUUGGUGGAAGAGACGGAGGAGAGACUUCUGGAAAGGAUCUCAUUUUACCAGCAAAUAAAAAGAAACAUUGAUGGAAAGCAUGCCCGGCUUUGCCAAAGCUUGAGUGAAGGCAAACAGCUGGCAGUGUCUGUGGGGGGCCCUGAGCUAGAGGGCCAGAUCUCGAGGCUGGAAGAGCAGUGGCUGUCCCUCAACAGGAGAACUGACCAUGAGCUCCACCGACUGCAAGCCCUUCUCAAGCAUCUUCUCAGUUACAGCAGAGAUUCAGAUGAGCUAACCAGGUGGCUGGAAUCUUCUCAGCAAACGUUGAAUUACUGGAAGGAGCAAUCCCUCAACGUGUCUCAGGACCUGCAUACAAUCAGAAGCAACAUAGACAGAUUUUUUGAAUUUUCCAAGGAAGUUGAUGAGAAGUCCUCCCUGAAGUCCGCAGUGAUGAGCAGUGGGCACCAGCUUCUCCACCUGAAAGAGGCCGACACGGCCACCCUGAGAUCCUCUUUAGCACAGUUUGAACAGAAAUGGACAAAGCUCAUAACUCAACUUCCAGACAUUCAAGAGAAGCUUCACCAGCUUCAGAUGGAGAAGUUGCCAUCCCGCGAGGCAAUCUCCGAAAUGAUCAGCUGGAUGAACGUCGUGGAGCCUCAGGUGGCAGGUGAGGACGCUGAGCUCAUGCAGGGUUCCGCGUCUCAAGUGAAAAGUCUUCUGCAGAAGCUCAAGGAGUUCAGGAUGGAAAUGGACUACAAGCAGUGGAUAGUUGACUUCGUUAACCAGUCACUACUUCAGCUGAGCACCUGUGAUGUGGAAAGUAAGCGCUAUGAAAGGACAGAGUUUGCAGAGCACCUCGGCGAGAUGAACCGCCAGUGGCAGCGGGUGCACGGAGCGCUGAAUCGAAGGAUUCAACAUUUGGAGCAACUUUUGGAAAGUAUCACUGAGAGUGAAAACAAAAUACAGAAUUUGAACAGCUGGUUGGAGGCACAGGAAGAGAGACUGAAGAUGCUCCAGAAACCUGAAGGUGCCAUUUCCAUGGAGAAGCUGCUUCUGGACUGCCAGGAUGUAGAAAAUCAGCUUGCCAUGAAAUCUAAACCACUGGAUGAAUUGAGACAAAGUUCUCUGACUUUGGAGGGGGGAGACAUGCCGCUGUUAGAGGACAUAGCGUCUGGAAUUGAUGAGCUGGUUCAGAAGAAGAGUCACGUGACCAGCCAGGUCCAUCAGCUCAGAGCCUCUGUGCAGGCAACGCUGCAGGCGUGGAAGGCCUAUGACAAGCUCUACGAUGAGGCCAAUGUGAUGACAAUCCAGCUCGAAUACUCCGUGGAGCACAGCAAGCCUGUGGUUUUGUCACUGGAGGCCUUGGACUGCCAGGUGCAGAAGCUUCAGGCCCUUCAGGAUGAAGCUGAGAGCAGGGAAGGGAGCUGGGAGAAACUGCAGGAGGUUGUCGGUAGACUCAGAGAUUCCUGCCCCUACAUUGCUGGGAUAAUUGAAGAGAAGUGCCAGGAUGCUCAUUCAAGGUGGACUCAGGCAAACCAAGACCUCGCAGACCAGCUGCAGGAGGCCCGAGGUCAGCUCCAGCUAUGGAAGGCUUCUCACAGCGCUCACACAGAAGCUACAGCCACACUGCGGCAGCAGGAAGCGAAGUUCCAACAGCUAGCCAACAUCAAUAUGUCUGGAAACAACCUGGCAGACAUCCUGCCACCGGCCCUGCAGGACAUAAAGGAGCUGCGCCAUGAUGUACUGAAGACCAAAGAGGCCUUUCUAGAAAAUUCUACCCUAUUGGACCAGCUCCCACAGCCCACAGAGCGCAGCACCCCUGGGCUCCACGCUGAGCAAGUGCACUCCCUCCAGACAGCUGCCUGUUUGGAAAAGAUGCUGCUGGCGAAAUCCAAUGAAUUUGAGAUUGUUCUGGCCAAGUUUAAGGAUUUUGGGGACCGGCUGGCAUAUUUAAAAGAUCUUAUUAUGCACGAGGAAGAAAAUUUGAAUAAACUUUACCAUGAAGAGAAAGAGGAAGUUCCUGACUCAAUCCUGACCCACGUGUUGGCACUGACAGCCCAGUCACCUGACGUUGAGCGUUUGAAUGAAGAGAGCCUCAGGCUCCCCCUCAGUGACAUAACAAUAAAAACAUUACAGAAUGUGAACCGGCAGUGGAUCCGGGCUACGGCCACCGCGCUGGACCACUACAGCAAACUUCAGGGAACCAGGUUGAAUGAAAAGUUCCUUCACUACUGUGAAAAAUGGAUCCAGCUUCUGGAGAAGAUAAAAGAGUCGCUUACAGAGGAUGUUGCCCAUGGCCUCCCAGCUCUCCUGGAGCAACAGAAAACUUAUGAGAUGUUAGAAGCUGAGGUAUCUAUAAACCAGACAGUUGCUGAUGCUUACGUGGCCCAGUCCUUACAACUCCUGGACACAGCAGAAACAGAGAACAGGCCAGAAUUUGUCUCCGAAUUCUCAAAGCUGUCAGACCAAUGGCAGAGUGCUGCCCGGGGUGUUCAGCAGAGGAAGUGUGACAUCGACAGGCUGGUGACACAGUGGCAGUUCUUCACCACCUCCGUGGAGGACUUACUCCGUGUCCUCACUGACACCGGCCACCUACUGGCUGCACUGAAGGAGCAGGACCGUUACAGCCCCUGCCAAACCAGACGCCUGAUCCACGAACUGAAAAACAAAGAGAUCCAUGUUCAAAGGUGGAGAACCACCUACGAACUGGCCUUGGAAGCUGGGGAGAAGUUACGGGACACACCGAACCUGGAAACUAAAGAGUUCAUCGACAGGCAAGUCAGCAAGCUCCAGGACACCUGGAAGGACACUGAGCUCAGUCUGGGAGAGAUGAUCACCAAGCUGCAGAGCACUGCAGAGACCUGGGACCAGUGUGAAAAGAAAAUCGAGGAGCUGAAAAGCAGGCUGCAAGUUCUGAAAGCACAAAGCCAAGAUCCUCUUCCCGAACUCCAUGAGGACCUCCACAGAGAAAAGGAGCUGAUUAAGGAAGUGGAGAAGUCUCUGGCUAACUGGACGCACAACUUGAAAGAGCUUCAAACUAUGAAGGCCGACUUGAGCCAGCACAUCCUGGCAGAGGACGUGACGGUUCUGAAGGAGCAAAUCGAGCUCCUGCACAGACAAUGGGAGGACCUCUGCCUGAGAGUGUCGAUCCGCAAGCAGGAGAUUGAAGACAGACUCAAUUCGUGGAUUGUAUUCAAUGAAAAAAAUAAAGAAUUGUGUGCUUGGCUGGUACAGAUGGAAAACAAAGUCCUACAGACGGCAGAUGUUAGCAUUGAAGAAAUGAUUGAAAAGUUACAGAAGGACUGCAUGGAAGAAAUAAGCUUAUUCAAUGAGAACAAGCUGCAGCUGAAGCAGAUGGGCGACCAGCUGAUCAAGGCCAGCAGCAAGGCCAAGGCGGCUGAGAUGGAGGACAAGCUCAACAAAAUCAAUGACCGCUGGCAGCAUCUUUUUGAUGUCAUUGGAUCGAGGGUGAAGAAGCUGAAGGAGACGUUUGCUUUCAUUCAGCAGUUAGACAAAAACAUGAGCAACCUCCGCACCUGGUUGGCGCGGAUCGAGUCUGAGCUCUCCAAGCCUGUUGUUUAUGACGUCUGUGAUAACCAGGAGAUCCAGAAGAGGCUUGCUGAACAACAGGAUCUGCAGCGAGAUAUCGAACAACACAGCGCGGGGGUAGAGUCUGUGUUCAAUAUCUGUGAUGUCCUACUGCAUGACCCUGACGCCUGUGCCAAUGAAACGGAGUGUGACUCAAUCCAGCAGACCACCAGGAGCCUGGACAGGCGCUGGAGGAACAUUUGUGCCAUGUCAAUGGAGCGGCGCAUGAAAAUCGAGGAGACCUGGCGGCUGUGGCAGAAGUUUUUAGAUGACUAUUCCCGCUUCGAGGACUGGCUCAAGUCUGCCGAGAGGACAGCAGCCUGCCCAAACUCCUCUGAGGUGUUGUAUACAAAUGCCAAAGAAGAGCUGAAGAGGUUUGAGGCCUUUCAGCGACAAAUUCAUGAGAGGCUGACCCAGCUGGAGCUCAUCAACAAACAGUACCGGCGGCUGGCUCGGGAGAACCGUACUGACACAGCCAGCAAACUAAAGCAGAUGGUACAUGAGGGCAACCAGCGUUGGGACAAUCUGCAGAAGCGGGUCACAGCCAUCCUACGGAGACUCAGGUACUUCACCAACCAGAGGGAAGAAUUUGAGGGCACUAGGGAGAGCAUUCUGGUGUGGCUCACAGAGAUGGACUUGCAGCUGACCAACGUGGAGCACUUCUCAGAGAGUGACGCCGAGGACAAGAUGCGCCAACUGAACGGCUUCCAGCAGGAAAUCACACUGAACACCAACAAGAUUGACCAGCUCAUUGUGUUCGGGGAGCAGCUCAUUCAGAAAAGCGAGCCCCUGGAUGCUGAGCUCAUCGAGGACGAACUGGAGGAGCUGCACCGCUACUGCCAGGAGGUGUUCGGCCGAGUGUCCCGCUUCCACCGUCGCCUGACGUCCCAUGCCCCGGGCUUAGAAGACGAAAAGGAGGCCUCUGAGAAUGAAACUGACAUAGAAGACCCAAGAGAGAUCCCGGCUGACUCUUGGCGUAAGAGGAGAGAAAGUGAGGAGCCCUCAUGUCCCCAGUCACUGUGUCACCUUGUGCCCCCGGCUCUGGGACACGAGCGGUCCGGCUGUGAGACCCCCGUCAGUGUGGACUCUAUCCCCCUGGAGUGGGAUCACACAGGUGAUGUGGGGGGAUCAUCUUCUCACGAAGACGACGAGGAGGGCCCGUUCUACAGUGCACUGUCAGGUAAAUCCAUCUCUGAGGGCCACCCGUGGCAUGUUCCCGACAGCCCUUCCCAUCCCAAGCAUCACUACAAACAAAUGGAAGGUGACAGGACAGUGGCACCAGUCCCUGCAGAUGCCAGCACUCCUUACAAACCAGCCUAUGUAAAGCUGCUGUUACGUCAAGACACUGAUGAUGGCAAAGGAGACUCAAGGGGCUCCUCAAGGGGCUCCAAGGACAGUGCCCUGCAGGAAGAUGAGCAGCUGGCCACUUUAACGGGACAGCAGCAAGGUGCCUUCGACAGGUGGGAGCUGAUUCAAGCACAGGAGCUUCACGGCAAACUCAGACUAAAACAACACGCGCAGCAGCUCAGCUCCGACAUCAGCAACAUCACCGCUUGGCUGGAAAAAACCCAAGCAGAGCUCGAAGCUCUGAAGCUGGCAGAGCCUCCCUCUGAUAUUCAGGAAAUGGCACUCAGGGUGAAGAGACUGCAAGAGCUAUUAAAAGCCUUUGAUACCUACAAGGCCUUAAUGGUCUCCGUCAAUGUGAGCCACAAGGAAUCUCUGCCAAGCCAGAGCCCCGAAUCCACAGAACUCCAAAACAGGCUCCAUCAGCUGAGCCUGUCCUGGGACACGGUCCAGGGCGUGAUGGACAGCUGGAGAGGAGACUUACGACAGUCACUCAUGCGGUGCCAGGAAUUUCACCAGCUGAGUCAAGACUUGCUCCUGUGGCUCGCGAGUGCAGAGAGCCGUAGGCAGAAGGCACAGGGCAGCAGCCUGGAGGCAGACCGCCAGGUUCUCCUGGAGUGUCAGAGAGAGCUGAUGCAACUGGAAAAGGAGUUGCUAGACCGCCAGCCUCAAGUCAGCUCCUUGCAGGAGAUUUCUUCCAGCCUUCUCGUUAAGGGGCACGGAGAAGACUACAUUGAGGCGGAAGAGAAGGUCCACGUAAUUGAGAAGAAACUCCAACAGUUGAGAGAGCAAGUGGCUCAGGACCUAAUGUCCUUGCAGGGAAGCCUGAAUCCAGACCCUUCUCUGACCAGCUCUGAUGAAGUGGACUCAGGGGAACAGCUUCCAGCAGCCUCUGCACCUGCUCCCUGUGCAAAGUUUGGAGCAGAGAGAUCUACAGAAGAUGACGAGGAGGAGGAGGAGGAGGAGGAGGAGGAGCCAGACAGCAGAGUGUGGCCUAUGAACCCUCCUGAUGAGUGUCUCCCCCACCACCACCUCUCUAUUGGCAGGAUGCCCCAUCUUGACAGCCCCAGCAGCUCACAGCCAAGGCGCUCCUUCCUCUCAAGGGUGAUCAGGGCAGCGCUGCCCUUGCAGCUGCUUCUCCUGCUGCUGCUGCUCCUGGCCUGCCUGCUGCCCGCCUCCGAAGAAGACUACAGCUGCACCCAGGCCAACAACUUCGCCCGAUCCUUCUACCCCAUGCUGCGCUACACCAAUGGGCCACCUCCCACCUAGAGGGUUCUGCCAGCUGCAGUGCCAUGCCAACAGCCUGUUGGCCGCAGGUGUUCAGCUGGUAUCAGACCCAACUGUGAGGGACUCUUGACAAGGUCCAGGGACCUGCUGCAGACAC